AUGUGGAAAAACUUUUCCAAGGAAAUCGGAAAGCAGUCCCCCAGUUCGACCCCAUGCAAAUUGUCACCGACGAAGCACCGUGCUUCAAUAACGGCUUUCGUUCGGUUUUCCCGAAUUCGCGUGCUAAGUUGCAUUAUUGCAGAUGGCACAUUGACAGAACCUGGCAGAGAAACGCGAACAAAUUUGUUGAAGUUGGUCGAGUCCUAUUCUUUCAAUCUUUUCGGCAGCAACGAUCUCAUCUUUCAGCCUCGGGUACGCAGCCAAGUGAAGAAGAGGUUGAAAGAUCUUCUAGUAAUACAGGACUUACACACUUUUGAACAACGUUUCGCGGAGGUCCUCGCUUUCCUUCAAGUGGAGGGCCAAGAUAGGAUGGAGGAUUACCUCAGGCGCAGAACGCCAACAUGGGCCUCGUUUUCUAUUCCAAAUGCGGUAAUGGACACAACGAUGGUAAGCGAAAGGUGGCAUUUGCGACUGAAAACCGAGUUUCUUCACAGAAACGCCAACACACGAGCGGACUGUCUAGUGGAUCUUCUGAUCACUGCCGUUGAGGACCUGUCGCGAUCGGACGAGAUCAAGGCACGCCGCCGACUCGUCGUUGCCUCCUAUCGCGUCCAGCAAACCGCAAUUUGCCAUCGCCAGGCCAAAAAAGAGUGCGACCUUAAUCGUCUCAGAAUCAGGCAGUUGAGCUCCGAAACAUGGGAACUGUAUUCCGUGAAAACUACGGAACUUUUACAUGUACAACGACGUAAUGAUUGCGAAUGCAGUGACUCUGCGGAGCAGAACGUAUUACAUCACAUUUACUUUAUCUUAAUAAAUAACGCAACCCUAUUAAGGCACGCCGCCGACUCGUCGUUGCCUCCUAUCGCGUCCAGCAGACCGCAAUAUGCCAUCGCCAGGCCAAAAAAGAGUGCGAUCUUAAUCGUCUCAGAAUCAGGCAGUUGGGCUCCGAAACAUGGGAACUGUAUUCCGUGA